CCACGUUUUUCGACUGACUCUCCAGCGUCUGCAGUCCUCACUUUGAUGUCAAUGUCUGACAGUCACUCAAUCCAUCAGGACCACAACGAUUUUUGACUUGAUUUCUGUGAGAGGGAUCAACGCUUUUUGGUUCCUGUUUGAGGACGUUUUCCGCAUCAGUGGGACUGGACGAGAGACCCCACUGUUGCAGCGCACUGUGCGUGGAGCCUGAAACAGUUAUAUGGCCUGGAAAGGGGAUUUCACGGCAGGGAGGGCUCUGCACGUGUUUGUGUGCAGCUGAAGCUGUGACCAUGGAGAAACCUGAGGAAUCCCACCCUGUGGAGGAACCGUGGAAGUGUGGUGACUGUGGGAAAGGCUUCCGUGUCCCGUCUGUCCUGGAGAUUCAUCGGCGCAGUCACACCGGGGAGAGGCCCUUCCCCUGCACCGACUGCGGGAAGGCCUUCAGCACAUCCUCCUCCCUGCUGACCCACCAGCGGGUACACACGGGGGAGAGGCCGUUCACCUGCUCUCAGUGCGGGAAGGCCUUCAGCACAUCCUCCUACCUCCAGACCCACCAACGGGUCCACACAGGGGAAAGGCCCUUCAGCUGCCCCGAGUGCGGGAAGGCCUUCUGCACAUCCUCCAUCCUGCUGACCCACCAGCGUGUCCACACCGGGGAGAGGCCGUUCACCUGCUCUCAGUGUGGGAAGGGCUUCACUCACUCCUCCAACCUGCAGAGCCACCAGCGCAUCCACACGGGGGAGAGGCCCUUCAGCUGCCCCGAGUGCGGGAAGGCCUUCAGCACAUCUUCCUCCCUGCUGACCCACCAGUGGAUCCACACGGGGGAGAGGCCGUUCACCUGCUCUCGGUGUGGGAAGGCCUUCAACAGAUCUUCCACCCUGCUGACCCACCAGCGUAUCCACACCGGGGAGAGGCCGUUCACCUGCUCUCAGUGCGGGAAGGGCUUCAUCACCUCCUCCAACCUGCGGAACCACCGGCGGGUCCACACGGGGGAGAGGCCCUUCAGCUGCCCUGUGUGCGGGAAGGCCUUUACCCAGGCCUCCCACCUGCGGAAGCACCAGCGUAUCCACACCGGGGAGAGGCUAUUUUCCUGCUCUCAGUGCGAGAAGGGCUUCACCACCUCCUCCCACCUCCAGAGCCACCAGUGGAUCCACACGGGGGAGAGGCCCUUCAGCUGCCCCGAGUGCGGGAAGGGCUUUACCCAGGCCUCCACCCUGCUGAGGCACCAGCGGGUCCAUACAGGGGAGAGGCUAUUUUCCUGCUCUCAGUGCGAGAAGGGCUUCACCACCUCCUCCCACCUCCAGAUCCACCGGCGGGUCCACACGGGGGAGAGGCCCUUCAGCUGCCCCGAGUGCGGGAAGGCCUUUACCCAGGCCUCCACAAUGCUGAGGCACCAGCGGAUCCACACG